AUUACAGAAAUUGUACGAACAUCUGGCUUGGUACAAAAUCAAGGUUUUGUGGAUCAUGAAAGAAUUGAGCAUGAGAGUCCACUGAGAUCUGCAGUUCAACACCCAAAUGGUGGACCCAUGGAUUUGGAGGGAUGGCCUGUGAUGCAACCUGAGGAAAAUGGAAUUCUUCAAAGAAUGGGUUCCUUCCAAGCUUCUCCAAUUGGUUGGCAUGGGGCACCUGGAGUUACAACUAGUCCUGUUGUAAAGAAGGUUAUUAGGCUAGAUGUUCCAGUCGACAAGUUUCCCAAUUACAACUUUGUUGGUCGACUCUUGGGACCGCGAGGGAACUCCUUGAAAAGAGUUGAAGCUACAACACAAUGUAGGGUGUACAUAAGAGGACGAGGUUCUGUGAAGGAUUCUGUUAAGGAAGAAAAACUCAGAGAUAAACCAGGAUAUGAGCACCUAAAUGAGCCUUUGCAUGUGCUGGUAGAGGCUGAAUUUCCAGCAGAUAUGAUAGAUUCUCGUCUGAAUCAAGCUGUGUCAAUAUUAGAAGACCUUUUGAAGCCUGUGGAUGAAUCCUUGGAUUACUACAAGAAGCAACAAUUAAGGGAAUUGGCAAUGCUAAAUGGUACACUCAGAGAAGAGAGCCCUCACAUGAGCCCGAGCAUGUCCCCCUUCAAUAGCGCAGGGAUGAAACGAGCCAAGACAGGACGAUAACCCUUAUGUUCUAGUUGAAGCUUUAUGGAGAGUGAUUCUGAUUUCUAUUCAGGUUCAUAAAAAAGCCACUCUUUGAGAUUGUUUCUGAAUGAGUUACCAUCUUACGAGUAUCUUGGGAGGCUGAGAAAUUUCGACUGGUUAGUUGUACUCGGAGUUGUUUAUAAGAUUUGGUGUUGGACAUAUCUCAGAUGGGUUUGUAUUCAAUCAUUGUUUGUUCCAUAAGCCGUUAAGCCUAUUUUCAGUUAUCUAUUCUUUCUUGUAUCAUUCCCAUACAGUGCAAUUUUAUUAGUACGGGGUGGCUCCAUUCAGUGCUCCCCUGAAUGAUUUCCUUAUACUAACAGCUGUUCAGUCUAAAGUUUAAUGCACUUUGGAGUCUUUCCAUCCUAUGGCAGAUACAUGCAUAAUUUUAUUCAUGCAUGUUUUGAGUGUAAACUUAAAUUUCAUGCUUGUAUUAUAUUUUAAUUUGUUUA